AUGGCAAGGCGACAAUCCCCUCGAUUUCGCCUUCCCGCUCCUCAUCCUCCAGACCAUCUUGAUCCUCGCCGUCAGCCGCUCCCUCGCCUUCCUCCUCAAGCCCCUCUGCCAGCCCAAGGUCAUCGCCGAGAUCGUCGGCGGGAUCCUCCUCGGGCCGUCGGCGUUCGGCCGGAACCACCACUACAUGCACCGGGUCUUCCCCAAGUGGAGCGCCCCGAUCCUCGAGUCCGCCGCCAGCAUCGGCCUCCUCUUCUUCCUCUUCCUCGUCGGCCUCGAGCUCGAGCUCUCCUCCAUCCGCCGCAGCGGCAGCCGCGCCUUCGGCAUCGCCGCCGCCGGGAUCACCCCCCUUCGCCGGCAUCGCCGAUCCUCGAGUCCAGCCCUUCCCCCUUCUCGCCGCGCCUCGCCGCCUGUCGCCGCGCCUUGCCUCCCGUCGCCGCGACCCCUCCAGGCUCCAGAUCUGUUUCCAUGGAGAAAGGUGAGAGAAGAAGAAGGAGACCGAUGCUGGCGGAUGGAUAA